AUGGCGGAUGAGUUCCCGCUGGAGGUGGAUGCCAAUGUGCGUUACGCGAGUCCUAGGGGCGAUCUCCCCCAUCCCGAAGACACCGAUUCCGUGUUCAGCGAUGAUUACAAUUCGGAAUUGACCUCGCUACGCAGCAGCAUUGUGGAUUAUCGCUACGAGAACGGGCGACGGUAUCAUGCCUACCGCGCUGGAUCAUAUUGGGGGCCGAACGAUGAGAAGGCCCAGGAUCAUCUGGAUUUCGGACACCAUGUUUACAACCUCGUGCUGGGCGGCCAUCUUUAUCUAGCGCCUAUUCCAACCGACGUGCAGAAAGUCCUUGAUGUCGGGACCGGGACGGGGAUUUGGGCGAUGGAAUUCGCGGACCUCCAUCCAUCCUCCACCGUCGUCGGAACCGACCUCUCCCCAAUCCAACCUACCUGGGUUCCGCCAAAUGUGCAAUUCGAAGUCGACGACUGCACCGACGAGUGGUUGUACGGGGAUGACGCAUUCGACUUUGUCCAUGUGCGUGGGCUGUACGGCUGCGUGUCGAAUUGGGACGUCUUCUAUAAACAGGCACUACGGUCAUUGAAACCGGGCGGGUGGAUAGAGCAAGUCGAGCAGUCGGUCGUACCGAAGUCGGACGACGGGACGACGGCCGGAACGGUCUUCGAGGAAUGGGGCAAGGUUUCGCUGGAGGCGGGCGAUGCGUUUGGGAAGUCGCUGCGAAUCGUGGAUGAGUCGAAGGACAGGAUGACCAAGGCCGGCUUUGUCGAUGUCGUCGAGCGGCGGUUCAAACUCCCCAUUGGCGGUUGGGCCAGCGAUCCUCGCAUGAAGCAACUCGGCCUCUACAACCGGCUCCUGUGGGAAGAAGGAAUCGAAGGCUGGUGCAUGUACUUGUUAACGGCAAUUCUCAAGUGGUCGCGCGAGGAAGUCGAAGUAUAUCUCUCGCGAAUGCGAAAAGGACUUCGGAGUCCGAGAAUCCACCCGUAUCAUGAAUGUACCGUCGUCUACGGAAGAAAAGCACCGAAGGAAACGCACACAAAUCAGUGA